GUACGGAGUAGUCCUUCCCUCUCGACGCAUCCUUGCCGCUUGAGUCUCUGAACUGCUGCAAAGAUGGCACAGAAUUCUUCUACUCAUCAUAAUAUCGUUUUCCUGCAAGGUGAUUUCGUUCAGAUUCCCGAUUUUGACCUACCCGCUCCUCAUACGUACACCAAGACAAUUUAUUCGCAGACCUCGUUAUCAGAAAUUCACGAGCGCAUUCAUGAUGCCUCGGUCAUUGUCCUGUCUGCUUUGCGUAUUGACGCAAGUGCCCUUGCCUUCGAGAUCAGCCCAAAUUUGAAGCUGGUCAUGGUUGUGGCCGUGGGCACCGAUUGUAUAGACCUGGAGGCAUGCCGGAAACGAGGCAUUGUCGUCUCCUACAUCCCAGCUGCAAAUACCGAAGCCGUUUCUGAGCACGCCAUUGCACUUCACCUGGCCACACGGAGAAAGAUUAUGAUGAUGCACGCACUGACCAGAGCGGGCGAAUGGCCUCGGAGGAAGACAUUGAUGUUUGAUUUUGUCGAUAAGGCCGGCACACCACCCUUGACUUGUCAGGAAGAAGUGGCCGGCAUCAUCGGAAAUGGAGCUGUUGGGAAGCGGAUUGCUCAUCUUGCGCGUGGUCUGGGGAUGAAAGUCAUUAUCUCCGAUCGCAAGCAGUUGGGUGAAGCCAAAACAACAAACAACUCUAACGACGAUCUAGAGAGAAUCCCAUUCGAGAGUGUCAUCAGGCAAAGUACAGUAAUUUUCGUGGCUGUUCCUCUCAUGAACACUACGCGGAAUCUUAUAUCGACUGCCGAGUUCGAAGCCAUGUCUCCUCAUGCAGUGUUGGUCAAUGUGUCUCGUGGGGGAGUCAUAGACGAGGACGCGCUUGUCAAGGCACUGAAAGAAGACAGAAUCUCGGGAGCAUCGACCGAUGUUUUCUUUCAGGAGCCUGCUAGUCCAGACAACUCUCCUCUACUAGCAGAGGGCACAGAAGUACUAAACCUGCUUGUGACACCUCAUCUAGCUUGGUUGGCACAGAAAACGAUGGUCAAUUAUUCACAGCGGCUGAAGUUAUCGGUGGAAGAGUGGUGCAAAGGAAGUCCCUUGAAUGUAGUUACAUGA